AUGCUGGUCAACACGAGUCUUGAAGUCACUCUGGCUGAGCUCCAUGGCAGCCAAGCUUUGGCCAUUCUCAUAAAGAUCUUGGCUGUUAGCUAUGUCUCCUACCUCACUCUAUGGCUCGUCUAUGCUCUUUUCUUAUCCAACCUGCGCAAGGUCCCAGGGCCUUUUCUCGCCAAGCUGACUGGUCUGUGGGAGGUCAAGAAGGUGGUCGCAGGAAACAUGCAUGGAAUCAUGGUUGACCUGCACAAGACUUACGGUCCUAUCGUGCAGAUUGCGCCCAACCGAUACGACUUCAACACGCCCGAAGCUGUCAAGACCAUCUACCGCAUUGGUAACGCCUUUACGAAGUCUCGCUAUUACGAGCCAUUUGGUACCCCUGAUUUCCAUAAUCUGAUGAACGCAUUAGACAACAAGGACCAUGCAGCCUUGCGAAAGCAGAUCGCAUCCCUGUAUACCAUGUCGGCUUUGUUGUCUUAUGAGCACUCUGUCGAUGCCCAGACAGCCAUUCUAAUGGAAAAGAUGCAAAACUUCGCCAAUCGAGGAGAUGUCGUCGAUCUGCCCCAGCUCCUUCAGUUCUACGCUUUUGACGUUAUUGGGACCAUCACGAUUGGCAAGUCGAUGGGGAUGAUGGAAUCUAACACCGAUAUGUAUGACACAUGUCGGGCUCUAGAUGGAAUGUGGCACGAUACCGCAGUCUUGGGACUCAUUCCCGGCAUACACUUACGGUAUAUACAACUCGCCAAAGUUCUCGGCUUUACACCUCCGACAAAGGCCCUGGAUUCGUUCAUAGACACCCAGAUGCAGCAGUACACGGAAGCUAUGGAACGGAAGGGCGGUGUUGGAGAUGAUGAAGACACCUUCUUAGCCAGAAUGCUGAAGUUACAGGAACAAGGAAAAGCUACCAAGAAAGAUACUCGACACUGUGUAACCAUCAACAUCGGCGCAGGUUCUGAUACUACAGCUAUCGGUCUCAGCUCUAUUGUUUACUAUCUUUACAGCAACCCACGCACUCUUAAUCGUCUCCGCGAAGAACUUGAUGAGUUUGUCGAGGCAGGGGAGUUAUCAGAUCCUGUGGGUUUCCAGCAGGCACAGAAGAUGCCAUACUUGCAUGCUGUCAUCAAAGAAGCCCUGCGGCUUCAUCCUGGUGUGGGUACGCAGCUCACGCGUGUCGUGCCCAAGGGAGGUGUCGUCAUUGAAGGCCAAUUUUUUCCAGAAGGGGCGGAGGUGGGCGUCAAUGGAUGGGCUUUGUAUUACAACCAAGACGUCUUCGGAGAGGAUGCAGCCAAGUUCCGACCAGAGCGAUGGCUACAACCCGGUGAAGAUGUCAGAAUCGCAUCAUCUUUUGCGUUCGGCGCCGGUCCCCGAUCAUGCCUUGGCAAGAACGUUAGCAUCCUCGAGAUGUCCAAAGCCAUUCCUCAGAUUGUGAAAAACUUCGAUAUUGAGCUUCAACAAGAUGAAUCGUGGAAACAUGAGUGCUGGUUUUUCGUCAAGCCAGAGUUCAAGGCACAGAUUAAGUUGAGGGCUCGUUAG